AGCAGGGGGAAGCUCUCUCUCUCUUGCAGCAGCACAGAGGCUGUUCGGUUGCUCGGAGUUAGCCUGGCUUGGCCUGGUCCGGCCUGGCCCCUCCGCCGACCGCUCGGAGUUGUGCUCGCAGCCCUGGCCUGGUUGCUCGGCGCCGGCCAGUCUUUGGUCCCCUUGGUCGCGGCUCCUGUGGACUGGGAGAGGCGGUGGGCCGCGCAGUCUACAAGCGAGGAGGUCUCGGUGCCGGUGAGUGACUGGGUGUCCUGGCGCUGCGGCCUGUUGUCUAGGGUCGGGCGGGGAGGCGGUGGAGGAGCGAUCCCCGGGGUGGUCACCCGGCCAACGCCUGCAGAGCUCAACUCCUAUCGGUGGGAACUCGCCGCAUCAACGGUGCGGCGUUGACGGAGUGAAGGGUCGAGGCAAGGCUUGAAGGCUACACGGCGUGAUACCUUUGGUGAUACUCCCCAAAUGAAGUAAAUCCAGCGGCGACCCUUGAGACGUGGUGAAUCUUCAUCAAUUGAUGCAGUAGACAGACGUUGCAGGCUGCUGCCAUUUAAUCUGUGAUGCAUUACAAUUUGGAUAUUUUGCAGCAAUGCAGCAAAAAAUAAUUGAAAGAAUGCCAAGACUUUUAAUUCUCCUUCUGCCUUUUGUGAAGUUUCCGUGAGCUUUUGAAGAGAAGUCUGGCAGAGCUAUGGAGCAAGCACAUGGCCUGCUAUUAAAUGAAGAGUUCUACAGUAAACUGAGUGACGCCAAGAAACCAGCAUUCUUUUUUGAAUGGCUGCAAUUCUUGCAAAAACUUUUGGUGGCUGCGAGUAAGGCUGAUAUCAAAGAGAAGCAGAAGCCACUGGUGGAACAACUGACCGCCUUGCUGGAGAGCUCACCAGGCCCACCUGCCCGCAAACUGAUUGCAAAGAACCUGGCCUUAUUAUAUAGUAUUGGUGAUAUUUUCUCUGUGUACCAAACCAUUGACAAAUGCAAUGAGAUAAUCAGAAGUAAGGAUGACUCACCAAGCUACCUGCCCACCAAACUGACUGCAGUUGCUUGUUUGGGAGCUCUGUAUGAACAACUCGGACGAGUAUUGGGGAAUACGCAUGCAAUCUCAGUGGGAAUCUUAUUGAAAGCAAUGAAAAGCGCUGAGUCCCAAGGGCGCUAUGAAAUUAUGCUGAGUUUACAGAAGAUACUUCUGGGGCAAGGAGUUGCUGCUAUACCGUGUCACAGAGAUAUCUACAAAGCUGCUCGCUCAUGUUUGACAGAUCGAUCAAUGGCUGUUCGUUGUGCUGCAGCAAAGUGCCUUUUGGAACUUCAGAAAGAAGCUGUUUUUAUGUGGACCACAGAACUCGAGAAUGUUGCUACACUUUGUUUCAAAGCCUUUGAAGGUUCUAAUUAUGAUGUACGUGUCUCUGUAUCAAAGUUGCUGGGAACUAUUUUAGCCACAGCUGUAACACCCAAACAGGGCCCAGGUGCAAGACAGGUGACUCGUAAAACCUCACUGGCGGAAGUAAUGGACUUGCUGGCUUCUGGCUUCCUGCGAGGUGGCAGUGGGUUCUUGCGUGCCAGUGGAGAGAUACUGAAAGGUUGCAGCUCCGUGAACCGGGAUGUUAGGAUUGGAGUUACUCAGGCUUAUGUUACAUUUGUUUCAACACUUGGUUGUCAGUGGUUGGAAAUGAACUUUGCUUCUCUACUUGGACAUAUUUUGGAGCUAGUGUCCCAUCCAAAAGCUACCCAGACUCAAAUAGAUGCGAUUUGCUGUCGUCGCUGUGUUUCAUUUAUCCUUCGGGCCACAGUGGGAUGUUUACUCGGAGAAAAAGCUCAGAUUGCGGCAGCGAAGGAAAUCUGUCAGGCUGUGGGAAAACAGAAGAGAGCUGUAGAUGCUGCACUGAGUGACAGUAAUGUGGAGAUUAAAGUGGGUACGAUGGACAUAUCUGCCAGCCAACAUGUACUUGUCUGUGCCCUUCAAGAAUUGGGCAGUCUAAUUCAGGGUCUUGAUUCUACUGCUGCCCCACUGCUUCUUGAUUCCACCGCAGGUCUAUUGGACAAAGUUAUGUCAAUGCUGCUUCAUCCAAGUCUUUCUGCAAGACUAGCUGCAGCUUGGUGUUUGCGUUGUUUUGCAGUGGCAUUGCCAUUCAAGAUUUCUCCUUUGUUGGAUCGUUGCAUUGAACGUCUAAGUGCUCUCCGAUCAUCUCCAGAAGCAGUAUCUGGCUACAGUUUUGCAAUAGCAGCGCUGUUGGGAGCAGUGCAGCAUAGCCCAUUGGGUAUUCCUCAUGGGAAAGGAAAGUUGAUUAUGAAUCGAGCAGAGGAGAUUUUACGAUCAGCAGUCCAAAACAGUCGGCUCUCAGUUCAACGCACGCAGGCUGGUUGGCUUCUGAUUUCUGCACUUAUGACACUGGGUCCAUCAGUCAUUCACCACCAUCUGGCAAAAAUUAUUUUGCUUUGGAAAAGUGUAUUUCCACAAUCCCCAAAGGACUUGGAAACUGAGAUAAAUCGAGGGGACUGCUUCACAUGGCAGGUGACGUUAGAAGAACGGGCAGGUGCUCUGUGUGCAAUGAAAAGUUUUGUUUUACACUGUGGAGAUCUGUUUUCUGAUGAUGUAAUUGAGAGACUUCUUCCACCACUUAAGUCUGCUGUGGCUUUAUCAACAGAGCUGCCUUCACUUAACAAAUCCUAUGGAGCUCCAUUGAAAACUGCAUCAACUCUAUAUAAACAACGGUUGUAUGAGAUUUUGGCUUUGCUGCCACCCAAGACUUAUGAAGGGUGUUUUAAUUCUGUUCUGAAAGAACUAAUUGCUGACCUGACUCUGGCUGAUAAUCAGUCAGUUCCUGCUACUUUCUUGCUUCCAUCGCUCUGUCACCAGGACGAUGCUCUAUUACUUGGAGCCUGGUUACAGGAAACUGAUCAUCGAUUCAUCGAGGAGCAGUUAAAGCUGGGUGGCAUUUUGGGAGGUGGAAGCCUUGAACAUGAUCCGUUUAGCAUCUAUGAAAGAUUAGCAGAUGGGGAAUUUGUUCCUGCUCCUCUUCCUCCAGUCUUGUCGGUGGUCAGAGCUGCAGGAGAACUUUUUGGGGUGAUAUUCCCUUAUCUGGAUGUUAAUCACAGAGCACAGCUUUUGGAGCAAUUUACAGAAUCCUUAAAGCAUGCUAAAGGAUCAAAGCAACAGAUCAAUGUUUUUGCUGCGUUCUGCUACGGAUUGAAGAGGUUAGCAUGUAUGAAAGGCAGCUUGGGCCCAGAAGAGGUAAGAAGACCUGCUCUGACUCUUGUCAUGCAUUCCUUGGAAAGUGCUAAUAUUCUUUUGAGAUGUGCUGCUGCAGAGACCCUGGCCAGACUGGCACAGGUGGCAGCAGACAGUGCCUUCACUGCCAGACUGUCACAGAUGAGCUUUGAAAAGUUGAAAUCUGCAAGGGAUGUGAUUUCACGCACGGGACACUCGAUGGCCCUAGGUUCUCUUUACAGAUAUUUAGGAGGAAUUGGUUCAUGCCAACAUCUCAAUGCCUGUGUCAAUAUCCUUCAUACUUUGUCUCAAGAUAGCACCUCCCCUGAAGUUCAGACCUGGGCAUUGCACUCUUUGUCAUUGUUAAUAGAUUCCAGUGGUCAAAUGUAUAACACCCAUGUGGAAUCAAGUCUAUCUCUUGUCUCAUUGCUGCUUCUGAGUGUACCUCCAGCUCAUUCAGAGGUUCAUCAAAGUUUGGGCCGCUGUUUGAAUGCACUUAUUACCACACUGGGACCAGAAUUACAAGGCAACAGCAAAGCUGUCCCCUUGUUAAGAACCUGCUGCCUAGUUGGCUGUGCGGUGAUGCAGGACAACCCUGACUGUCUUGUACAGACACAAGCCAUCUCCUGCCUCCAGCAGUUGCAUAUGUUUGCUCCACGUCACGUCAACCUUUCCAGCCUUGUCCCCAGUCUGUGUGAAAUCUUAUUGGAUAAAUCUGUUUGGGUAAAUCUUUGCAGUUCACACCUGUUGUUAAGACGUGCUGUGAUUGCGUGCCUACGGCAGCUUGUACAGAAGGAAGCCGCUGAGGUGCUGGAAUAUGCCAUGGUUCUUGACAAAGAACCCAAUAAAGGAGGUUGUAAGCUUGAUGUAAAUAUAAGUGAAAUUGGCCUGGAAGGAGCCCUCUUCAGCUUACUGGAUAGGGAAUCGGACCAACAACUUCGUCUAGAUAUUCGUGAAACUUUAAGUCAUAUCCUAUCAUCCACGGCAGUUGAAAAGCUUAGUCAUUGGUUAAAGUUGUGCAAAGAUGUUUUAUCUGCCUCAGCUGACUUCACCACCAACCGUCCAGUAGACACGACUCAGGAAGAGGAGGAUGAAAGGGGAGAUGAUGAAACUAUAUUCACUACCAACAAAGAUGACCAGUUCCGACCAGCGAUUCCACCACGCUGGCCGACCAGGGUAUUUGCAGCAGAAUGUGUAUGUCGAAUUAUCACCCAGUGCGAGAAGAUUGAUGCUACUCCUUUAGAUAUGGCUGUAACUCAGGAAAGGAAGAUAAAGCGCACUCUGAGUGAUUUCUUAGUGGUGCAUCUUGCGGAUUUAAUUCGCGUGGCUUUCAUGGCUGCCACGGAUCACAGUAAUGCAUUGCGAUUGUCUGGCCUUGAAAUGUUACUGAUCAUCAUCAGGAAGUUUGCGCAUGUCCCUGAGCCAGAGUUUCCUGGUCAUGUGAUCCUCGAACAAUAUCAAGCAAAUGUUGGAGCAGCACUGAGGCCUGCUUUCACCCCUGACACACCGCCUGAUGUUACUGCCAAGGCAUGCCAAGUUUGCAGCGCCUGGAUUGGAAGUGGAGUUGUGAGUGACCUAAAUGAUCUUCGAAGAGUUCAUCAGCUGCUAGCAACAUCCUUGACUAAAGUACAAGCUGGCAAGGAAGCACUGAAUCAGCUCUACAAUGAAAGUACCUCAACCAUGGAGAUUGUAGCUGUUCUUAAAGCGUGGGCAGAGGUUUAUAUUGUAACAGUUGAAAGGCAAAAAAUGGACAUGCCAAAGCAAAAGCAGUUCUUGAAGAUUGAAAGUUCUGCAGCUGAGGUCUCUCAGGAUGCAGUUACCGCUGUGGAUGGUCUUCUCACUUUAGUCCAGGCUGAACUAGGAACACUGAGUAAACUUUGGCUGUCUGUACUGCAAGACCAUGCCCUUCUCACCUUGUCUCCAGAAUACAACAGUCAACUUCCAGCUGGAGGUGGUUCCUUCUAUACUUCAGAAACCAUUGAGAGUGCAAGGCCUCAUUAUUGUAAUUCUUGGGCUCCUAUCCUACAAGCCACUGCGUUGUGGCUGAACAGUACAGACUUUGUACUGAUUGAUCCAGAUGAGGACACUUCUUCUCUAUCUCGACCUGUAACUCCAACAAUGCUAGGCCACGAAUCCACUUUAACAAAUGCGGUCAAGUCUCCAGAGGAUGUCAACUCGGAUAGAUUCCACCUUAUUCUAGGAAUCAGUGUCGAAUUUCUAUGUUCACCAAGGCCAGAUGCAUCGAUGGAAAGCAUUAUAGCCUGCCUGCGAGCACUGCAUUCCCUACUGGAUGUGAUCUGGCCACGCUAUGAAAUUGGAAGUGAUCAGGAACUUGGAGUAGAAUUACUGAACGUUUUGCAUCGCUUGAUUGUGACGCGCGAGUCCCCGUUAAUCCAACUGGCUGCAAUUGAUGUUGUGGAACAGAUUAUAAGGGCAGCCCAAGAGCAUGUAAAGGAGAAACGGAGAAGUGCAGCAGUUGAUGAUGGUGCGGCUGAGAAAGAGACACUACCAGAAUUUGGCGAGGGCGAAGAUGGGCUUGUGCCAGGAAAGUCCCUCGUCUUUGCAACACUGGAGUUGACCCUCUCCAUCCUUGUUCGUCAGAUUCCACAAUUAAACCUUAAACUCGUGGAUUCCCCUCUUGGCAGUUCUGGAAAACCUCAGGUGUUGUCCGAGGAUGGGUCAAAGUUAGUAGUAGCUGCCUUGCGAAUUCUCUCUGAACUCACUACAGUUUGUUCUCCAACAGGGAGUGUGUCUAUUCUUCCUACUGUCCUUUACCUUAUCACAGGAGUCUUAAAAGAAACUGCAGUAAGGAGGCUUGAUGGCUGUAUAUCUUCAACAGUCAAUGCCGCACUGCAGGCACUGAAGGUGGUUGUAUCCUCUCCCAUGGCUAGGGCAGAGAAGAGCCAAGUCGCGUGGACUAGGCUUCUCCGCAGUGCUCUUGCAACUAUUUUGGAAUAUUGGAAUCCAGAGCUGAACCACUCAGAUCUGGAUGAAGUGAGCAUGCUAACUGCCAUUAGUAUUUUCCUGAUGUCAGCAAACCCAGACGUUACAUGUGUGCAGUGCCUUGAAAAGGAAUGUAUCAACCGGUUUAAAGUAAUCCUCAGUUGUAAAAAUCCAGUAAUGCAGACACAUUGCUGCAGAUUGCUGCAGUCAGUAAUCCAACAUCCUAAUAAAGCAGUGUCCACACCCUACAUCCACUCCCUGACUAUUUUGGUUGUGAAUCGGUUACGUGAGGUGGAAAAAGAGAAACCAAGCACGGGCACCGAGUUGCAGGCCGUGCUGGAAGGGGUGAAGACUCUGGAGACUUUGGUCAGCUUGGCUGAAGAACAAAACCGCAUCUAUUUGGUGGCUUUGCUUCUACCAAUUCUGAUAUCCUUCCUUUUGGAUGAAAAUGCUCGAAUAUCAGCACCAAAUCCGGUGAAGAGUUUACAUGAGUUUGGCCUACAGAACCUGAUGCGAAUAGGUCCACAGUAUCCAGCUAUUUUUCAAAAGUUGAUGGGUACGUCACCGGCUAUGAAAGCUCGACUUGAAGGAGCCGUUAAAGGUAACCAAGAGAGCUUCGAAGCAAAGAAAACGGCUGGACAGUCAAAAUGUUCUGGAAAAAAUUCUCCAAGUAUUCAACUCAAGACUGAUUUUUCUAAUUUCCAAGAGCUGUGAAAUAAUUUAACAACUACUCAUGUCGAUAGGUUUACCAAAUUGGAGCAAGUGAAGGGAAUUUAUUCAGUUAAAGUUGAAGAAAUCGUAAAUGGUAUAAUUUAAGGAUUUGUUACAUGUUUAGGAUAGUGUAGAGCAGCUUGUGUAUGGUUAACAUUUUAAAACUUGACGAACAUCCCAUUUUUAGAAAUUAGCAUUUUAUUUUUUAUUAGAAAGCAUCCAUACAUUUCUAACAUUUCUUUUACUGUUAUUUUAAUUCUUGAUUUACCCAAGUGAAGUCUUAAAACACGUGUACACAAUUAUGGAAAUUAAAUAAGAAUUCGUAUAGCCUAUUAACUAAGAUCUGGUAUCCAUCCCGAGUUAUAUAUAUCCAGAGAUGUAAUAUUAAAGGGAAUUUUAUGCAAGUAUCUUUGUCAUUAAAAGGCUGCUCUCCUUUGGCCUGAAAUUUACAGAAUUCCUGAUAUAGGUAGACACUGUUAUUUGUGUGAUUCAAAACAUGCAAAUUUAUAGCCAGCUAACUUAUAUGAACUACAAAUGCACUACAACUGUAUUAUUUUAAACAAACAAGAUUGUUACAUUGCUCGGCGCUUUCUUUAAAAAGAAUAUCAAUUAUAUUUUUUUAAAGUGAGCUUUAAUAAAUCUCUAACCACAAGUUGUUUUCUAUAUGUGGCUGUUAAUGCCGCUCAAUUUUGUUUGCCAGUGAUAAUAAUAUUACACUGUAAAGUGUGAAGUAUUUCUAAUGUCACAAUCUUUUUACUUAUGGACUAAUUUCACAAGCUUUUCUUACAGAAAACCAAAUUGCAAUUUACUAGCUAACAUUUUUUGCUUUGGCUUAACUGAAGCUCUGAAGUACUAUAUUAAUAGACGACUUGCAAGUUAUGUAUAUAACACAUGUAAAUGAUAUAGAAUAACUACAUAUGCGUUAUUACCACUUUUGUAUUUUUAAAUAAAGCUAAUUUCUUCA